CUUGAAGACAUCUUUGCAAAAUUUCCACCUAGUGUUCCUUCACGAUGUUCUUCAAGAUUACAUCGUGAUGAUUAUGCAUGUCCGAAAUAUUUAUUUGACGUAUCAUCGCGUCCCUAUGAAUCUGCUGUUCAAUUCCAGUUGACAUAUACUUGUGACAGAAUUUCUUAUUCUCCCUGUUAUUUCCCUGCUAUUCCGCGUUGUCAUACUCCUGAAAAACCGUCAAAGAAAGUAACGUGCUGUUGUCUCAAGUGGUUUGACUGUACAGGAAAACCAGUUUUAACAUGUCAAAAUAAUCAUGCUCAAAAAUAAGAAUGUCCUGCUCCACUGGUUACAAAAAGAAGAAACGACUAAGUACAUUGCCUCCACCGUGUUAUCACCGCAAACCAUUUUGUUGUACAAGCAAUGGCUGUUUGUUCCCAGGACCAAGUCUUCCUAAAUAUUGUCAUUGCCCACCUUCGUGUCCACCAUUGAUUUGUAGACCAAGACCAGAGCUACCGCCAUUACCACCUACUAUAUGCAUCGCUGGACCUUGUCCACAACAAACAGCUUCAAAAUCAUAUUGUAGCCCGUCAGCACCAAAAAUAUUGCCUCCAUCCUCCUGUGUUCGAUUUUGCAUUCGAUACACAAACAAAGGAUCAAGUUGCUAUCCUUGCUACUGGUCUAAUUUACCAAAAUGUCCUAGCAAUAUCUGUUAGGAUCACCUAACAGCAUAUUUGGUAAUACAGAAU